ACCGAGGACCGAGGUGGGUGACAGUCCGCACAAUCCCUAGGUUCCCUAGGAUCCCUAGGUUUUCCGGAGUUCUCCCUGCGGUCCGGACCCUCCUGAGGAUCUCGGUUGUCUCCCCAUCCAGGACCUGGCGUCCCCAGGUUCUCUCGGAGGUCGGGGCUCCCUCUAUGCUUCGCGCCCCUCGAGUCCAGGUUCCCUCUGUGGUGCGGACUCCUCUAGCCCGGUGCGCUCAGCGCCCCGCACCCAGUCUCCUCAUACGGAGCCUGGCGGGGAGUCCGGACCUUGUGCCCAGAGCUGCAGUGGUUGGACAUGAAUGUCCCUCCUGUCCUGCUUCUUUUUCUUCUGUCCUCCGUGAGAGCCACUGAGCAGCCGCAGGUCGUCACUGAGCAUCCCAGCAUGGAUGCAGCCCUGACCGGAGCCAAUGCCUCGCACUUCUGGGCCAACUACACUUUCUCUGACUGGCAGAACUUCGUGGGCAGGAGACGCUAUGGGGCUGAGUCCCAGAACCCCACAGUGAAAGCCCUGCUCAUCGUGGCCUACUCCUUCAUCAUUGUCUUCUCGCUCUUCGGCAAUGUCCUGGUCUGUCAUGUAAUCUUCAAGAACCAGCGUAUGCACUCGGCCACCAGCCUCUUCAUCGUCAACCUGGCAGUGGCAGACAUCAUGAUCACAUUGCUCAACACGCCCUUCACUUUGGUCCGCUUUGUGAACAGCACAUGGGUGUUUGGGAAGGGCAUGUGUCAUGUCAGCCGCUUUGCCCAGUACUGUUCUCUACAUGUCUCAGCACUGACCCUGACAGCUAUCGCUGUGGACCGUCACCAGGUCAUCAUGCAUCCCUUGAAGCCUCGGAUCUCCAUCACCAAGGGUGUCAUAUAUAUUGCUGUCAUCUGGGUCAUGGCUACCUUCUUCUCUCUGCCUCAUGCCAUCUGCCAGAAACUGUUUACCUUCAAGUACAGUGAGGACAUUGUGCGCUCCCUCUGCCUGCCGGACUUCCCAGAGCCAGCUGACCUCUUUUGGAAGUACCUGGACCUGGCCACCUUCAUCCUACUCUACCUUCUUCCACUCUUCAUUAUCUCAGUGGCCUAUGCUCGUGUGGCCAAGAAAUUGUGGCUCUGCAACACUAUUGGCGACGUGACCACAGAGCAGUACCUCGCCCUGAGACGCAAGAAGAAGACCACCGUGAAGAUGCUGGUGCUUGUGGUGGUCCUCUUCGCUCUCUGCUGGUUCCCCCUCAACUGCUAUGUCCUCCUUCUGUCCAGCAAGGCCAUCCACACCAACAACGCCCUCUACUUUGCCUUCCACUGGUUUGCCAUGAGCAGCACUUGUUAUAACCCCUUCAUCUACUGCUGGCUCAACGAGAACUUCAGGGUGGAGCUGAAGGCACUGUUGAGCAUGUGCCAGAGGCCGUCCAAGCCUCAGGAAGACAGGCUGCCCUCCCCGGUUCCUUCCUUCAGGGUGGCAUGGACGGAGAAGAGCCAUGGUCGGAGGGCUCUGCUAGCUAAUCACCACCUUCCCUCUUCCCAGAUCCAGUCUGGGAAGACAGAUCUGUCCUCUGUGGAACCCACUGUGGCCGUGAGUUAGGGGAAGCUGGAAGUGGUGGGAGAGGGUUCUGUCCUCUCACAAUUGACCAGACUCAAGGUGUCGGAAAGUUCCCCAGAAUCAGUGAGAUGCUUGGGUUCCUAGGAACCUGUCCAGCACCCUCUGGUUUGCAAACCUUGUAGAAGAUACCAUGAGGUGUUGUGUGUGGAUCUUUGAGCAAGAGCUCCGGAAGCCACCUCAGCUCCAGCAGAGGCUGGUUCAGUCAACCCCUGUCAGUUGUAUAGCAUCUGCCACCUUUGUCCUUCCUUCUGCUGAGCACCCACAGCAGGACCCGGGUCACAUUAUUGGUAGGCCUGACGCAUGUGCUCAGAAAAGAACUUCACUAGCCAGGGAGAACAGGCAUGGAGGCCUUCUGAAGUCAUUGGGGCAAGUCCAAUCACACAGCUUCAAUGGCCUUGGCUCUGUCUAUGCCAGACAGGGCCCAUCUUGGUUUCUUAAAAUAGAAAUUAGCAUUGCCAUUUUGAAAAGGUCAAAAAGGGAAAGAAAUUAAUUCAGCCCCAUCGAUUUGUUAAAAAAAAAAAGCCUGUUAAUAUGCUGUGAAUUUAUCUGUAACUUUGCCUUCUCUAUGUGUGCACAUUUGUACUUUUAAAGUCAUGAACUACAUGUAUCCAUUUAGAUUGUAAUAAUUAGCAAGAAAUAGGGAUAUAUUGGAGUACUAUUGAAUUCCUCCAUGACAAAUGGGGUCCCUCAGCAUAUGAGAAGAGAAGAGAGGAGAGGAGAGGAGGGUAGGGGAGGGGAGAGGAGAGGAGAGGAGAGGAGGGGAGAGGAAGGGAAGGGAGUGGAGGGGAGGGGAGAGGAGAAGUAAGCAAGGUGAGGGUUGGAUCAACUCUACCUUGUAACUAGUGAUGGGUGGGGCCUGGCCCUCUCCUAGGUGGUUACCAUCAAGAUGAGCAGUGCACCAGAGAGCCGGGAGGUAGGCUCCCUUUCUCCUGACCCCCAGAAAGAAGAAGGGGUGAAUCACUGUUCCCUUUUAAUGGACAAUGUGAGGACUUGCUUUCCAAUAAGCUGGAAAUAAUUGUGCUUAGACACCUCAUCUGCCCAAGAUGUCUAGACAGGGCAUUUUUCUCCAUUGUCUGAAUGAUGAAAAACUUUUUCACACCAGUUCCUGAGAGAAGAUUUCCCUGUCUACAUCACCUGAGAAAUUCAUGUGUCAUUUUUUAAAAACUUACAGGCUUCUUGAAGCCACUCUAUUCCUCGAGGGCCCCUUUGUCAGAGAAAUCUCAUUCCAGGUGCCCAGUGAUUUUGCCAUCUUCCAUGUGGUCCCGAUGACUCUCAGUGUUCCCCACUGACAGCUGUGCCAGGCAGAACUGACUCCAAUCCCCAUGCCCAGAGCCAUGGCUGCUGCUGCGCUAGCAUCGGAUUCCCACCUCCUCCUCACAGAGCCACCACAGAGACAAGCCAUCUUUGUGGAGCUGAGAGGGAAACUGAGGCUCAAGGGAGGAGAGGCUCAUCCAAGACUCAUUUAGAACUCUCAGUUGCUAACUGAAGCACAAUCUGCUUAAGUCUGAUUCCCUCUAACAAACCUGGGGGGUUGCUUAAACUAGUCUGUCCAUAGGAGUGUUAGAAAAAAAUCCAAGAUAAAAAAAAAAUGUCAUCUAUAGAACAUCAGUUUGUUUAAAAAAAAUGUUUUGGAGAGGGUAGAUUUCCAAAUAUAAAGUGAGUUUUUGAGGCCACAGCUUCUGCAUCUGUCCUAUCUCUGUAUUGUCAGCUGGUACCUGGGAGUUUCAUCUUUCAUGUGGCCAAGAAGAGUCAUGGUACUAACCUGAGGACAGGCAGCAGCAACACACAGUGUGUCUUCCCCUAGGGACUUGUGGGAGGAGCUUCAGCCAUAGCUCCCAGAGGGCAGCUGGAGACAGCACCCUGUCACAGAGUCAGCCAUCAGAUCUGCAUCUCUUGUCCGUCCCCAUCUGCUCCCUUCCUUGUAUGCGUCGGAGCAGACGUGACUGGUAACAGUGACUGUGGUCUUUGUGAAGCCUGAGUUUUUCCAAUAUGCUGCAAAGUGUGCUUUAUUGUGAGUCACCAUAGGCGCAAUAAAACCUCUCCUCUGUGUGCA